UACAGUUCAUUGUCGUUUUUGGCGAAAUUUUCAAAUAUUUUGCGCCAAAACUCCCAAAAAAACAAAUCGGCGAAGAAGAUGAAAAAUCAACCUUCAAUACGACCAUUAGGGCAGCGUUCAAUUGAUUCAACUUUCCUCUUUCGUUCUUCAAAUGAGUCUAAUGGUUGCGAGAAGAAAGUGGAAAACAAAGCUAUCAAUCAAAAGGGUUCAAGCAUUUCUUUAUCCGACUUCCUCAGCAAAAAAUUGCACAAAAGUCCUGUUUUGCCCGGCGUAGUUCCAGGAAAUAAGAAAAUCUCGGUGCCAGCAAGUAGUAAAGUCACAAGUAAGUCCAUUAAUGGACAAAUCAACCGCAGGAAAGAUGGAGAAACAGGAAUUCCGUGUGCUCUUGAUGCUAUUUUUGAACAAUACAAGAACACCAUGAAAGUGAACCAAGAUGUUUCUGCUCCUAAUGAUUGUGGUGAGGUUUCAGUUUGUAGCACAGAUGAUGUCAGAACAUCAAGAAAAAGAGGUCUUAUUGAAGGUAGCAGCGGAAACCAAUCUGCUCGAAAAGUUUUGGCAGUUCUUGGAGAAGGUUCAGCAGAAAAGCCUAGACGAAAAGUGAGAGUGAUCGAUAACAUUGAGAAACCUAAUACCCUCUUCAAUCACUAUGCAAAUGGAGGUGGCUGGUGGGAUUGCAACAUGGAAGGUGUUGAUAAUGAAGAAGUGGGGUGUAAUGAAGUAUGGGAAGGAAUGGGUUCUACAACUUUAGGGGGAUUGGAAUGGCACUGAUUUAUAUUACUAUAAUUGCUUAGAGAAGAAUGAUUAUCUGUAUAAUACAUUGGCAGUUGACACCAAAAAUGGCAUAUUGUUUGAUGUAAUGAUGCAAAACAAAAAUAAUCUCUUAUCACAUUCUUUUGCCAAUGUUGUUAAGGAUGUGAACUUCAAAUUACAUGCUUGAA